AUGUUUGGUGGGGGACUUCAGGUUGAUAAACAUAGAUCAUCUAAUACAUCAAAUGUUUACGUUCCACCUCCUCCACCACCCACACAUGGUGAAGGUUAUCCUUAUCACUGUCCACCACCCUUUAUUGGAACAUGGGAAAACCCAAUUGGAAUGGGAGUUAAAAAAAAAAAAGUCCAAGGGCAAGGGUCUUCUUCUAGGAAAAAACAGCCCAUUCAGCUCAAUACCCAUACUAGGAGACAUUUUGUAAUGAAACCUCUAUCCAACUUUGACCUUUUGGAUUGGAUAAAAAGACUUGGUAUUAAACAUUUUAGAGGAAUUUAUAGUCGCGAUGGACUACCUAAUAAGAUAAAAAAAGAAUGUGGAAUAAUUAAUCUAGAUGAUAUAACAGGUCCUGGAACACAUUGGGUUUGUUAUAGAAAUAUAGACAAUGUAGUUGAGUACUUUGAUCCAUUUGGACUAAUAAUGCCAAAUGAAGCAUUAAAGUAUUUUCGUACUUCUGGAAAACGAAUAGUUUACUCAAUGGAUGAAAUACAAAAUCGCAAUACUGUUCUCUGUGGUUAUUGGUGUUUAUACUAUCUGUUUGAAAGACAAAGGGGUAAUAGUAUUCUAAAUGUAAUACAUAACCCACAUUUUGAUGAUGAUAACAGUGAUUUUAUAAAAGCAUACUUUGGAGGAUAA